GACAACGGUGUGAGACGCGACUUGACCCGCGUUGAUGGUGCUCAUAGACUUGGUGCCAGACCGCAGGCUCAAUCAGUAUUGCACUGGCUGUGGCUCGUAUAAAGAUGCUGAAGGAUCAGCAGGGUGCAACCACGUUGUUGUGUCGUACACUGCAGAACGAGCUCGGCUGCCAUUCUUGUGAACCGUAUCAAAGUGUCGCUUGUCGACGCUCACUCCUGCCCCUGAGCUGUACAACGUGCGCGGCGGGUAUUCCACUCAGCCGGCCCGCUCAAUCACCGUUACAUCGCGAGGUUAGUACUUCCCCCAUAGUAUUGCUGGCUCAUCUUCGGCACGUUUCUGUUCCUUCCCUGUUAAUUUUGUUGAUUGUUCCAUUGUUUCACUGCACGGUUAGCCUCUAGGCCUCAGAUAACUGGGCUGUGCGUCAAGGUAUGCGUCAGAACGCGAGUAUUUCACCGCAAAGGCGGCUUCGACCAUCUGCACUGGCCAUCGUCAGCCACUAUAAAC